UGGUAAAUCUUCCACCCCCAUUUCCUACAAAUCAAGCAAAGGAGCGAGAGCAGAAGCAUCAAGCAGCUCUCCGGCAUCGUUGUUAUCAAUCACAGAUGGCUGGUGGUAGUCUCAGAGAUAGAAUUGGCGCGAGUGAAGAGCUGAUCAAGACAGCUUGUAAACUCUCCAGGAAAGCUCACGCUUCUUCGUCUAAAAAUCCAUACCUGUCCGACAAAAUUCGCAGCUCAUCGGAGACUGUUUUUGCGUUUUCUGGAUCUUGGUCUGUGUCUGAUUGGUUCGCUGGAAAUAAUGCCUUCGGGGAAAUUAAGGUUGAUCUUAAGAUGUUCCCACCUCUCAGGAGCGUCGGCACCGACGAAGACGCGAAGGCGAAUGAGGCAUUCAUUGGGAGAUUUGCAUCGAUUCUAAGAACAUCAUCGCUCCAAGAUGAGGUAGAAAAAGCAGUCAAAGAGAAGAAGCGAGUAGUAUUUGCAGGGCACUCUUCAGGUGGUCCAGUGGCCAUUCUUGCAACCAUCUACUUUUUAGAAAAGUACCCAAGAACAGACAGCAGCCAAAAGCCGUUUCGCUGCAUAACAUUUGGGUCUCCUCUUACUGGUGAUCGUAUUUUCCCACAUGCUCUUCGGCGAGAGAACUGGGCUGAUUGCUUCACACAUUUUGUGAUGAAGUAUGACAUUGUCCCUCGUAUAAUGCUCUCCCCUUGCGCAUCCAUUGAACAACAAUUAGGGACAAUUCUCGCUUUCUUCAAUCCAAAAUCCACAAAUUCCCAGCGUGAAUCUAUUGAGGGAGCCGCAGACACUUUAGUUUUCUUUAUGACAGUGAUGAGAAAUGCGUCGGCAGUUGCAAGCCAUGCUGCAUGCAGUCUCAAGGGGAGCACCAAUUUGUUGUUGGAAACUCUAACCAACUUUAUACAACUUAGUCCUUAUAGACCUUUUGGCACCUAUAUAUUCUGCUCAGGGAAUGGAAAACUGGCUGUUGUGAAGAACCCCGAUGCUGUUCUGCAAUUGUUGUUCUACUGUUGUCAGUUGAACAAUGAAGCAGAAGCUCUAGAGAUUGCCAGUAGAAGCUUAAAGGAACAUUUGGGCUAUGAAAGUGAAUUGAAAGAAAGCUUAGAAAUGCAGGAUGUGGUUUACUUAGAUCCCACUGAAAAGCUCCCUUUGACUUCAGAUGACAAUGCACUUCCUGAGGCUGCAACAAUCAACAGGACCCUGAAUGACCUUGGCCUGAGCACAACAGCCAGGUUGUGUCUUCGCGCUGCCGGAGAAUUAGAGAAGCAAAAAGAGAGAAACCAGGAAAAGGUUAAUUCGAACACAAGAAUUAUUGAAGAGAAACUGAAUAGCAUAACGGAUUACCAAACUGGAUGUAGAGUUCGGAAGAUUGGUUAUUAUGAUGCCUUCAAGCUUUCGAAAGACAUCAAUGACUUCAACGCUAAUGUGACGAGGCUGGAGCUAGCAGGCAUGUGGGAUGAGGUUAUCGAAAUGUUAAAAAGGUAUGAACUUCCAGAUGAAUUCGAGGGCAGGAAAGAGUGGAUAGAGCUAGGAACCAAGUUCCGGAGAUUGGUGGAGCCUCUGGACAUUGCCAACUACUACAGGCACGCCAAGAAUGAUGACACUGGACCUUACAUGAAAUUGGGUAGGCCAAAACGUUAUAAAUUCACCCAAAGGUGGCUUGAACAUGCCCUGAGGAAGCCGCCCAAUGCCUUCUCGGAAUCCUUUUUUUGGGCUGUGUUGGAGGAAAAAAUAGCUAAUAACAAAAAAUCGACUCAGGACGAGGGUGAGAUCGCAACAGCAGCACUAAAAUGGUUAGAAGUUGAGAAGAAAGCAGGUGAGGAUAUCUUCUUGGAUGGAUCCACCUUUGUCGUCAAGUGGUGGAAGACACUUGAUCCCCGUAUUAUACAACAGUCUCGCCUUGCCAUUCCAUAUGAGCAGUUCAGGAAGAAUGCAGGGUAGAUGUAUUUGGUCAAGAAAGGUUUACAUCAUUUCAAACAGUUGAGCUCCAAACCUUAAUUAUCUUUUCACAGAACCAUGUAAUUCAUGUGAAAAGCAAUAAGCUAGAUUACUCUAGCUGUGUGUGUAUUAUGUGUGCAAUAUAUUUUGUCUUUGAAUGAAUAUGUAAAAUAAGAGUUUUGAGCACAGAAGUGCAGCUUGCUUGCGAAUUUCUCUAUAA